AUGACGACGGCGAGGAAGCAAGCCAUUCUCACCGUUGAUGCUCGAGCGACGACAGUUGGUGAAUCUCGGACGUCGCGACCAAGUAUUAAGGGGUCGAUGGGGAUGCUCAAGGGCACGCCCAACCGCCACCGCGAGCAGCCGCUCCUCACCACCCAGCCCCUACCUAGGCCUCUCGUCCCCACGCACCGUCGCCGUCGCCCACACUCACGCGCUCUCUCCCGCCUGGAUGGAACCGGCAUGCUUUCUCUUCGUCUCUCUCUGCUCUUCUCGGCCGCCGUCCUCGGCACCCUCGGCUCCGGCCGCAAAGUACCGUCAAACGUCCAGAGCUUCUACCAUGGCAUCCGCGCACGGCAGAGGUGUAACGAAGUGCUCGCCGGUGGCUUUCACGCCUCCCACGGCGAUACCCGCGGCUCUGGCACCUUUGACUACUGCGGCGACCAUAUGGAUGACUAUGGCGUCCUCUACCUCCAAGGCCGUGACGGUGCGCUCGCCGACAUGGACAUUGAUUGCGACGGCGUCCAGAACGGCCCCGCCGACGACCAUCGCUGCCGCAGCUCGGCCGAUAUCCAGGCCAUCACGGCCUUUGCCGAAACUGUCCGAAGCUACGGCACUGGCCAGCCAGAUCUCGACCCCAACGCUCACGCCUACGUUGUCCUCGGAAACGACGGCACCAAGCCUGGCUGGAAGACGUUUGACCCCCGCAACCAUGGCAUCGAACCCCUGAGUGUCGUGGCCGUCGUUUGCAAAGACAAGCUGUUUUUCGCCGUCUGGGGUGACACCAACGGGGACGAUGGGCCCCAAGCCGUCGUCGGCGAAGCAUCCAUCGCCCUCGCCACCGCUUGCUUCGGCCAAGCCAUGAACGGAAACGCUGGCCAUGGCGACGCCGACGUCCUGUACAUUGCCUUCCGUGGCCACGAGGCCGUCCCGGGAGCCGACGGUGCCAAGUGGAACGCCCAGAAUUUUGACGAAUUUGAAAGUAGCAUCGCAGACCUUGGCGACAGGCUUGUCACCCGCAUCGGCGAUGGCGGUGCCAACCAGAGCACAUGCGAACCUUCUCCAACCCAUGCUGGCCGUUGCUCGUGGGAGGGACACUGUGCAGGUGGGCACUCGCCUUCCCCUUCAAACUCUGGCCACCUUCUCGGCGUCCUGAAAAAGCACGAGACAAUGCUAACGGGCGCGGGUCGAUGCAGGAGCAUUUUGUAA